AGACGCCUUAGGGACAGCAAGAGCAGAGGCUUAAGGAGCUACACUGGGGGAAGGACGGGGCAAGCAGGCCAAGGCCUGGCCGGGGGGAGGGGGGAGGGAACAUGGAGCAAUCCCGGUCACAGCAGCGUGGGGGUGAACAAAGCUGGUGGGGUAGUGACCCCCAGUACCAGUACAUGCCCUUUGAACACUGCACCAGCUACGGACUGCCCUCUGAGAACGGGGGCCUCCAGCACAGGCUCCGGAAGGAUGCAGGCCCCCGCCACAACGUCCACCCCACACAGAUUUAUGGCCAUCACAAAGAACAAUUCUCAGACAGGGAGCGGGACAUAGGGAUGCCCAAGAAGACAGGCUCCAGUUCUACCGUGGACAGCAAGGAUGAGGAUCACUAUUCUAAAUGUCAAGAUUGUGUCCGCCGCCUGGGACAGGUGGUGAGAAGAAAAUUAGGGGAAGACUGGAUCUUUCUGGUGCUUCUGGGACUGCUGAUGGCUCUGGUCAGCUGGAGCAUGGACUACGUCAGUGCCAAAAGCCUUCAGGCCUACAAGUGGUCCUAUGCGCAGAUGCGGCCCAGCCUUCCUCUGCAGUUCCUGGUCUGGGUCACCUUCCCACUAGUCCUCAUCCUCUUCAGCGCCCUCUUCUGCCACCUCAUCUCUCCCCAGGCUGUUGGCUCUGGAAUCCCCGAAAUGAAGACAAUACUUCGUGGGGUUGUCCUGAAGGAAUACCUCACGAUGAAAGCCUUUGUGGCCAAGGUUGUCGCCCUGACUGCGGGUCUGGGCAGUGGCAUCCCCGUGGGAAAAGAGGGCCCCUUCGUCCACAUUGCCAGCAUCUGUGCUGCUGUCCUCAGCAAGUUCAUGUCUGUGUUCUGCGGGGUAUAUGAGCAGCCAUACUACUACUCUGAUAUCCUGACGGUGGGCUGUGCUGUGGGAGUCGGCUGUUGUUUUGGGACACCACUUGGAGGAGUGCUAUUUAGCAUCGAGGUCACCUCCACCUACUUUGCUGUUCGGAACUACUGGCGAGGAUUCUUUGCAGCCACAUUCAGCGCCUUCGUGUUUCGAGUCCUGGCAGUGUGGAACAAGGAUGCUGUCACCAUCACUGCUCUGUUCAGAACCAAUUUCCGAAUGGAUUUCCCCUUUGACCUGAAGGAACUACCAGCUUUUGCUGCCAUCGGGAUUUGCUGUGGGCUCCUGGGAGCUGUAUUUGUGUAUCUGCAUCGCCAAGUCAUGCUCGGUGUCCGAAAGCACAGGGCCCUCAGCCAGUUUCUUGCUAAGCACCGCCUGCUGUAUCCUGGAAUCGUUACCUUUGUCAUUGCCUCAUUCACCUUCCCACCAGGAAUGGGUCAAUUCAUGGCUGGAGAGUUGAUGCCCCGCGAAGCCAUCAGUACUUUGUUUGACAACAAUACAUGGGUGAAACAUGCGGGUGAUCCUGAGAGCCUGGGCCAGUCAGCUGUGUGGAUUCACCCCCGGGUCAACGUUGUCAUCAUUAUCUUUCUCUUCUUCAUCAUGAAGUUCUGGAUGUCCAUCGUGGCCACCACUAUGCCCAUACCCUGCGGAGGCUUCAUGCCUGUGUUUGUGCUAGGAGCUGCAUUUGGAAGGCUGGUAGGAGAGAUCAUGGCCAUGCUGUUUCCUGAUGGUAUUUUAUUUGAUGACAUCAUCUACAAGAUCCUACCUGGGGGCUAUGCAGUAAUUGGAGCAGCAGCGCUGACUGGUGCCGUGUCCCACACAGUCUCCACAGCUGUGAUUUGCUUCGAAUUAACGGGUCAGAUUGCUCACAUCCUGCCCAUGAUGGUGGCUGUUAUCUUGGCCAACAUGGUGGCCCAGAGCCUGCAGCCCUCUCUCUAUGACAGCAUCAUCCAGGUCAAGAAGCUACCCUACUUGCCUGACCUUGGCUGGAACCAGCUCAGCAAAUAUACCAUCUUUGUUGAGGACAUCAUGGUACGUGAUGUGAAGUUUGUUUCAGCUUCCUACACGUAUGGGGAGUUGCAAACCCUGCUCCAGACCACCACAGUCAAGACUUUACCACUGGUUGACUCAAAAGAUUCAAUGAUUCUGCUGGGCUCGGUGGAGCGGUCGGAACUGCAGGCGCUCCUACAGCGCCACCUGUGUCCUGAGCGCAGGCUGCGCGCCGCCCAGGAGAUGGCGCGGAAGUUGUCGGAGCUGCCUUACGACGGGAAGGCGCGGCUCGCUGGGGAGAGGAUCCCCGGCGCGCCUCCAGGCCGGCCCGAGUCCUUCGCCUUUGUGGAUGAGGAUGAAGACGAAGACCUCUCUGGGAAGAGCGAGCUUCCUCCUUCCCUUCCUCUCCACCCCUCUACUACUGCCCCUCUGUCCCCAGAAGAGCCCAAUGGGCCUCUGCCUGGCCACAAACAGCAGCCGGAAGCACCAGAGCCUGCAGGUCAAAGACCCUCCAUCUUCCAGUCCCUGCUUCACUGCUUUCUGGGCAGAGCUCGCCCCACAAAGAAGAAAACAACCCAGGAUUCCACAGAUUUAGUGGAUAACAUGUCACCUGAAGAGAUUGAGGCCUGGGAGCAGGAGCAGCUAAGCCAGCCUGUCUGUUUUGAUUCCUGCUGUAUUGACCAGUCUCCCUUCCAGCUGGUGGAGCAGACAACCCUGCACAAGACUCACACCCUGUUCUCACUCCUCGGCCUCCACCUCGCUUAUGUGACCAGCAUGGGGAAGCUCAGGGGCGUCCUGGCCCUGGAGGAGCUACAGAAGGCCAUUGAGGGGCACACCAAGUCCGGAGUGCAGCUCCGCCCUCCCCUUGCCAGCUUCCGGAACACCACAACUCGAAAGAGUACCGGGGCACCCUCAUCUUCUGCAGAGAACUGGAACCUGCCUGAGGACAGGCCUGGGGCCAGUGGAGCAGGGGAUGUGAUUGCUGCCUCCCCAGAGACGCCUGUGCCAUCCCCUUCCCCAGAGCCCCCUCUCUCCCUGGCCCCAGGCAAGGUAGAGGGCGAGCUGGAGGAGCUGGAGCUCGUGGAGAGUCCAGGGCUGGAGGAGGAGCUGGCCGACAUCCUGCAGGGCCCCAGCCUGCGAUCCACAGACGAGGAGGAUGAGGAUGAACUGAUCCUUUGACCCCCUCCCACGACCUCCUCAUAAAGACUGUCGAGAGGCCCAGCCUGAGGGUGAACUUGUGUGGGGCAGGGUGCGUCCUGAAUGUGGCAAGGUCAUGCCAAUGUCGUGGCCUCUUCCAGGAAUUUUUUAAUGUGAUAGUGAUAGUCUUAAAGGAGGAAUCAGCAUUUAGGCAGGGAGGAGCCUUGGUCAAUUAUUUUGACUGCUCUCCCCAUUCCCAGCCAGGCAGGUGGCCCUAACCCUAGUGAAUGGCCCCUGAUAUUCCAUGGGGCUUCUUGAGUGUUCCUGGUGUGCAGGAAGGGAAUCCCUGCCUCUCUCUGCCUCCCCCUCCCCACCCAACAAUUCUCCAGUGCUCUUAUCCCAGCACUGUGCUAUCUGUGCGUCAGUGUCCACAAGAGGUGGGGUGAGGGGAGGCCCAGAAUGACUGUGGCCCUGCAAGUGCCAUGUUGGAGGAGGGGAUGGGACCAUCCUAUGACCUCGGGCACUGACUACCCCAGAAUGUGCCUCCAGGCCAGCCACAGCCUCUUCUCUUGGAGCCCUGCGCUGGCCCACGUCCACUCCUGCAAUCUGCCUGUGACCCCACUGCCUGUCUCGAGGCCAGCCACAGCCGCUUCUCUUGGAGCCCUGCACUGGCCCAUGUCUGCCCCUGCAAUCUGCCUCUGACCCCAUUGCCCGUCUCCAGGCCAGGCCGUGACUAGCGCAGUGAGAGGCCUCCCACAGUCCCCCUCCGUUGUCCCCUGCUUCAAGCAGUGAGAUGAAAAAAAAAAAAAACUGUCAGGGGCAGCGGCCUGGAAGAAAAGGUCGCCAAAGGCUCUGUGCAAAAGACGCAGGUGCCCUGUUGCUCAACAAUCAUGCCCCCAUGGUGUCCGCCAACUCCCUCUGGCAGAAAACCUUCUAUUCCACAGCACAGCUUCCUCGCCCUCCAGUGUCCAGGUUACUCCCUAGGAAACACAUCCUCCCUCUCCCCACUACAGCUAUUGACUUGUCCUGCCAAAGGUCAGCUCUACCCUGGAGCUGCUCUAGCCAGGGCCUCUCCUGCCAAGAAUCAGGGCUCAGAGCAGCUAGGUCACUGGGUCACUCAGACACCAGCCCCCUCUUAGACUGGUUCUUCAGAUGCCUCUCCUAGGGGUGGAGAGUUGGGAGCUGAGCGUCAAGAAGGCAGGGCUGUUGAGUGCUGCCCUCACUUGGGAGAGUCACAUCUUCACCCUCCCCAGAUCAGCAGCAGAAAGCCUGGCUAUGCACUCCAUUAGCAUGCUUUCUCUACAAAGAGAGGCCAGGUGCGUGCUGUGAGCAUCCCCAAACCCUUGAUCCGUACCCAAGGUUUUUCUCCCCAACCCUGCCAGCCCGUAUGCCUCGCUUAAUGCUGCCAUUGCGCCCCCGCUCCAACAUUCUCCUCCUUUGCCUCCCCGGUUCCCAGUCUCCUCCAUCCCCCAAAUAAGACACUCACAGUCAGAGGAUGCCACCACAUUCUGUUUAG